AGGAAGCGAAUUUUGGCUUCUCGUUUUCUUGAUUAUUUUCUUGUAAUUAUUUACUGAAAGAAAAUCUCGAGAAAAAUCCUGUGCGGUUUGCAUAUAAUUUCAAUAUAGAAUUCAAUCUCUGGAACAUUUUUACAACACUAUAAUUUACAGUGUUGACAAUAAACAUGAACAAAAAAGGGAUAUCUUUUGGAAAAAUCUCACUAAACGUGAAGAAAACCCAAGAAGAAGACGAUGAGGUUUCAUCUACGUCUGGUUUUGGUACUUUCGGCCGCACUCCGAUACAAGAACACAAGGAAAUCGAAGAAAUAGCUGAUGAUUUGGAGAACCAACAUGUCCAUCAGGUUAUGGGCAUCAAAAACUUCGGUAAGAAGGCUAAAAACUUCGAUGUCGAAGCUAUGGUCGAAGAAGCUAGAAAAUCUGCCCAAGAAGCUGCCAAAAGGAAGUUAGAAGAAGAAGCAAGUAAACCUGAUGAAAAACCAUCAUCAUCAUCUCAAAAUGAUGAUGAUGAGGAUGAUGAAGUCAUUGGUCCUUUACCUCCGCCUAAUUUAAAACAAGAUGAAGAGAUUGGACCUCCAAUACCAGCAGAUUUGAACAGUAAAGCUAGUAAAAAGGGGAAACCUAAGGGAAGUAAUGAUGAAGACAGCUAUGAUGAUCUUAGUGGGUCUGAUGAAGAAGAAGUAUUGACAUUGGAAAAGAGAAUACCUAAUAGUCAUGAGGUAGAAAUGCAACAUGGCACCAAAGCAGUUGUCGCACUGGCUGUUGAUCCGUCUGGAGCGCGGCUGGCAACAGGAUCCAUUGAUUACGAAGUCUCAUUCUGGGAUUUUGCUGGUAUGGACGCAUCAAUGCGCUCGUUCCGAACACUACAACCGUGCGAGAACCACCCCAUCAGAGCUCUCCAGUAUUCCACCACCGGAGACUCCAUCCUGGUGGUGAGCGGAUCAGCACAGGCCAAGGUCUUGGACAGAGACGGAUUUGAAGUCUUGGAGUGCGUGAAGGGGGACCAGUACAUUGCGGAUAUGGCGAAGACGAAAGGUCACACGGCAUCUCUGAACAGCGGUUGCUGGCACCCUCACAUUCGGGACGAAUUCAUGACCUGCGCUCAAGACGGCACCCUGCGACUUUGGAUGACGGAAAACCCGAAGCAACACAAAGCCGUCAUAAAACCCCGACAGCAAGGCGGUCUCAAGACCAAUCCCACCGCCUGUGCCUUCUCCAGAGAUGGAAACACCGUUGCCUGCGGCUGCUACGACGGAUCCAUACAAAUGUGGGACCACAGGAAGAAUUUCGUGAACACCACAACCCUCCUAAGAGAUGCCCAUCAAAAACAAUCAGAAAUCUGCAGCAUAGCUUACUCUUAUCUCGGAUCAUACUUGACUAGCAGAGGCAACGAUGACACACUCAAGUUAUGGGACUUGAGAAACUUCAAGAAACCGUUACACGUAUUCCCUGAUCUGUUCUCAAGGUACGAACAGACUGACUGUUCUUUUAGUCCGGAUGACAAUAUGAUAUUCACUGGAGAGUCUUUACAGAGAGGCCAGGAUGUGGGAAGGCUUAGAUUCUACAAUACAAAGACGUUUGAGUUGGUAACACAGCUCGAAGUGACCAAAUCACAUGUGAUAAAGGCGAUAUGGCAUGCAAAGUUGAAUCAGUUGUUCGUCAGUUGUGGGAACGGUGUUGUGAAGUGUUACUACGAUCAGAAGCGAAGCUUGCGAGGGGCUAAACUAUGUGUGGUUAAGACACACAGGAAGAAACAUUCUGUAGAAGUUAUGAGUUCCCAACAGAUUAUCACACCUCAUGCACUACCUCUAUUCAGGCAAGAAAAGCUGAGGACAAGUAAAAAGAGGAUGGAGAAAGACAGAUUAGAUCCACUCAAGUCUAGAAGACCUGAUUUGCCUAUCACGUCUGGACAAGGAGGCAGGGUAGCUGCAUCUGGAAGUACUUUAAGUUCUUUCGUUAUUAGAAACUUAGGUCUAAGCAAAAGGGUAGAUGAUGAACAGGAUCCGAGGGAAGCUAUAUUGAAAUACGCAAAGGAUGCAGAAGAAAAUCCCUUCUGGGUGGCACCAGCGUAUAAAAAGACGCAACCUAAGGCAAUCUUCCAAAAUACUACAGAAGACGGCGACGGACCUUCAGAUCCUAAGAAACCAAAAACGUAGCUAUUAUAGGUUACUUGAAUCAUGUUUAAAUCUAAAUGAAGUUUCUUAGCAAUAAAGAAUUUCCUUCAUUCUUUCAAGAAUUUUAUGAU